UACAACAGCCGUAAUCAAAGUUAAAGGAAGUCAAAAAUAAAUACAAUUCAUUUAUACGUCGUUGUGAGUAGACGUGACUAUGUACCGCGAGUGGAUCCUGUUACCCCUACUUUUUGCGUUUACGGUAGCCAAGACGCCAUACAGUUACAUUAACAAAUGCUGCCCAGAAAAUUACAUCGUGUCCACCAAGAAAGCAUGCAUCCUUGCGAACCGCACUAUAACAUUCCCCUCAGAUUUAAGAGUGUAUGACAAGAGGAUUGAAUAUGUUGGCAACUUUAAUGACGUAUUUCGCCUUAAGCCGCACAAGUUUGCAGAACAGGCCUUUCGUGGUGCAGCAGCGGAUAUUGGGCCGAUGCCAGGCAUCAACCUCUACAUUACUGAGAAUGGGGGACUUGAAUGGGAGCUUCCCAAUUCCUACAACCGAUGGACUGAGAUACCACCCUCAAACUUUUGUAUCGACUACAGAUUUUUUGAGAAGAGGAAUAUGACAAAACUUGGAUACUGGAUAACUCUACCAAGUAGCCAAGACACACCAAAAAGCAGCAUAUACUUAACCAGUGCUACACUGGUAUCCUGCUUCUUCAUGCUGUUGGUGCUGAUAGUAUACUUCUUGUUACCUGAACUCCAGAACCUAUGUGGGCUAAUAUUAAUGGCCUACGUCGCCAGUCUGUUCAUGGCCUUCUUACUUUUGGCCAUCAUUCAGAUCAAAAUUCACCCCGCGAACACUUGCGUGGGAUUAACUUUUUCCAUCUACUUCUUCUUUCUGGCGAGUUUCUGUUGGAUGAGCGUGAUGUCAUAUGAUAUUUGGUGGACCUUCAGAGGUUACGCUAAAGCCCGCCCAAUCCAUCGUCGUGGAGAACGGUUCAAGUUCAUGAUGUAUUGUCUAUACGCGUGGGGACUGCCGUUGGCCAUGACUAUAGCUCUCGGUGUCCUCAACUCGGUCGACAUGAGGCAUAUGUCGUGGUUCGUGACUCCCCACAUACCCAGUCAUGGCUGCUUCCUUGAAGGUGGUGAGAAACUGCUGUACCUGUACAUGCCAAUGUUGAUUCUUAUUCUUUGCAAUUGGAUGUUCUACCUCAUGACUGCAUUCAACAUUUGGAGGCUAAGUCGCGGAACUGCUAUGCUUGAUACAGCCGCAGCUGGUACGCCACAGGCACAUCGUACUCACAGGCAAAGAUUCAUGGUAUACCUCAAACUGUCAGUAGUGAUGGGAUUGAAUUGGUUAUUGGAAAUCAUCAGUUUCUUGUAUCCUGGCUUCAAGAUGUGGUAUAUAACUGAUUCGUACAACAUCCUCAUAGGUCUGGCUAUAUUCCUGAUAUUUGUAUGCAAGAAGAAAAUCCUUAAGAAACUGGUAAAACGAUACCUUCACAUGGAGAAGAUGCACUGGAAUCCAUCUUCCAAGAGUUACACCAGCAGCAUAUCGGAUUCCAAUCAAGAAGCAGUUACUUUGCAGAGUAAAAUAUCUUCCCAACCCAGCGGCAUAGCGAUACACAAUAGGAGUAGAAUGGAUUAAACGAAGGAUGAAACCGCCAAAGUGGAAAUGGUUCAAAAUAUUUCUUCAACAUGUGCUUUGCCAAAGUUAUAUCCUCAAUAGAUUCAGUGAAAACAACUGACUAAAGCUAACUGUCCAGGUGGUUUCAUAUUCUUAAUACAUUAGGCAUAUGAAUAAAUAAAUGAAUGCAGUGACGAUAAUUGUAUGAUUAAAUGAUACAUUUUAUAUGUAUGUAUGACAUAUGUGGAGUGGCUGAUGUGACGGUCCUCCAGAAAUACAUUUUUUUUGUUUCUACUCAAAAUGCAAGCCUUCACAUUACAAUUCGUGUUUAUGAUGAGCAGUGUACAUAGACAGUCGGUUAACGGAGUAUCUAAAAAGAUCGAUCGAACGCUAUUAAUUUAGUAGUAGUAGUACCUUAGUUGCACAUACAUAACAUCACGCCUUUUAUCCCCAAAGGGGUAGGCAGAGGUGUA